AUGAUGAAGCUCCUGCCCAUUGUCCCUCUCCUCCUGCUUCUCCUGACGACAAUGGAAGCCAAACCAAAACCUUCAGCCCUGAAGUGCAGGACAGGGCCCCUGGACAUUGUCUUUGUGAUCGACAGCUCCCGCAGCGUGCGUCCCUUUGAGUUCGAGACCAUGCGGCGGUUCAUGGUGGACAUCAUCAACAACCUGGACCUGGGCCCCAACGCCACACGGGUGGGGGUGAUCCAGUACUCCAGCCAAGUGCAGAACAUCUUCUCCCUCAAGACUUUCUUCACGCGGGUGGACAUGGAGAAGGCCAUCAACAGCAUCAUCCCUCUGGCCCAGGGCACCAUGACGGGGCUGGCCAUCCAGUACGUCAUGAACGUGGCCUUCACCACUCAAGAGGGUGCCCGCCCUCUACACAAGAAUCCCCGCAUCGCCAUCAUCGUGACAGAUGGACGGCCCCAGGACCACGUCACUGAGGUGGCCGCCCAGGCCCGGAAUGCUGGCAUUGAGAUCUAUGCUGUGGGCAUCCAACGGGCUGACAUGAACUCGCUGCGGGCCAUGGCUUCGCCACCACUGGAGGAGCAUGUUUUCCUGGUGGAGUCCUUUGAGCUCAUCCAGCAGUUUGGGAAGCAGUUCCAGGACAAGCUCUGCGGGGUGGACAUGUUGGAGCAGGAGCACGGCUGCCAGCACAGCUGCAUCACUACCCCUGGCUCCUUCUACUGUGAAUGCAACCCAGGCUACAGGCUCAACGUGGACGGAAAAGACCUGUUCCUCCAUCGAUGCCCUGCGCAGAGGGGCGGCCACAGCUGCCAGCACCACUGUGUCAGCACCCCUGGGUCCCUACCUGUGCCGCUGCGUCCCUGGUACCACCUCAACCAGGACAAGAGGACCUGCACCCUGACUGAUUACUGCAGCUUUGGCAACCACAGCUGCCAGCACGAGUGUGUGAGCAUCCCCCAUGGCACUACACUGCGCUGCCACCUGGCUUCCAGGCUGCAGCCCGAUGGCAGGUCCUGCAGGUCACCGACCUCUGCAACCGGGGUGGAUCACGCUGCGAGUUCAAGUGGUGGUGAGCCACAGAGGGGGUCCUACCACUGCCGUGUGCCCAAGGGCCCGCACCUCCAGGCUGAUGGCAAGACCUGCAGCAGUGAGUACCAGGACAUGGCUGUCCCCUCAACUGGGCUCUGUGCUGAAACUAAGCGUGCGGGGCUGUGGGGCGGGCAUGUUGACCUGGUGAUGGUGAUUGAUGGCUCCAAGAGCGUCCGUCCCAAAACUUUGAGCUGGUUGAAGCAGUUUGUGAACCGCAUCGUGGACCUGCUGGAGGUGUCCCCCACGGCAACACGGGUGGGGCUGGUGCAGUACUCCAGCCGCGUCCGCACCGAGUUCCCUCAACAAUACCACAGCGCAGAUGAGAUCAAGAAGGCAGUGAUGGAAGUGGAAUACAUGGAGAAAGGCACCAUGACAGGCUUCCUCAAGCACAUGGUGGAGCACAGUUUCUCUGAGCUGGAAGGUGCCAGGCCUCUCUCCCACAACGUGCCCAGGAUCGGGCUCGUCUUCACAGAUGGACGCUCCCAGGAUGAUAUCUCCGAAUCCAGGAGAGCAAAGGAGUCAGGGAUCAUCAUGUUCGCUGUGGGUGUGGGCAAAGCUGUGGAAGAGGAGCUGAGAGCCAUCGCCUCUGAGCCGGUGGAACAGCACUUCUCCUACGCACAGCACUUCACCACCAUGACCCACCUUGUGGAGAACUUCAAGUUGAACAUCUGCCCAGAGGAGGGCAAAGGGAAGACAGAGAUACGCAGCCCAUGUGAGUGCGAGGCACUGGUGCAGUUCCAGACGAACACCGUGGCCAUCCUGCAGAGCCUGACUGAGGAAAUUGCUCAGAUGACAGCCCGACUUGACCUGGAACAGCAGAUUGCCAACCAGAAGUGA